AUGGUUUUGCUGCUUCAACUCUACCUGAACCCAUUGUCAUUUCAGUUCAAACCUUAACCUAAAUUGCUCUUCUAUCUCCAUCUCAAAUCCCAGUUCAAAACUGAACCCUAGUUUCCAUGAACUCAAAUCUCAAUCAGAACCUCAACCAACACAGAAACCCCAGUUCAAUUUCUGUCUCUUCUUUGAUUCAACCAAAAUCAUCAAACCCCUGAGAUACAUAUUCUUAGUGCAAACUAUUUGCGCUUCCCUUAUAAUGUGCAAGUUGUUAACGCAAAACAGAGAAAAAACAGAGCAAAAACCAUAGUUCAUCAAGAUUAAAAAGUUCUAAAAAAGAGAAACUAAUUAUCAUUUUGUAGCUCUGUCGAUCGCUAGCAUUUCCCCCAAAAUCACAAUUUAUCAGAGAAUCCAAGCAAGAUCCUCUUCUCUUUUCAGCAUCUAGUUCUGAGCAUGUAUAAUUAGCCCACUGCCCAAAGUGUGAAAAAAGUUUACUCUGCGUUUCUUUAACUUUCUAUUCUCAGAAAAGUUCAGGGAUUUGAAUCAUCUAUUACCACAAGUAGAUAAAAUCACUUAAUAAUAUGGCGACGGAGAUCGACGAAGAGAAAUCGGAUUCAUCAUCAUCAUCACAUCUAUCGGAAGAAUUAUCAUUUCCCUUUGAAUCAUACCAACUUGAGAAUCAGAAAGCAAAGUUACUGAUAAAUCCGUUCGAAGUAGAAAGAGAACUUGUGUAUCCAAGACCCAAAGCACACUAUGAAGGUGUUUUGGACAGAAUAAUGAAAAGUUGGAAGAGGAAACCUGAGAUCAAACGGGGAGUUCCAAAACAUCGGAAAGGAAAAUGGCUUGCAUUUGGAUUUCUGUUUCUGUUGCUGCUGAUUGUUCUUAUCACUGUUCCAAUUGUCACCCAAAAAUCAAAAAGGGCAGUAGAAGUUCCCAGAGCCGAUAACUAUUCAAUUGCUCUGAAACAAGCGCUUCUCUUCUUUGACGCCCAGAAAUCUGGACAUUUGGUACACAAUAGAGUACCCUGGAGAGGUGAUUCUGGUCUACAUGAUGGCGGUGGUAGAUUAGUGGGUGGAUUUUACGAUGGCGGUGAAAAUAUCAAAUACACUUUUCCCACAGCCUUCUCCAUGACAAUGUUGAGUUGGAGUGUGCUUGAGUUCGGCCAUCAUUAUAGAGCAACUGGAGAAUAUGAUCAUGUUACAGAAAUUAUUCGGUGGGGCGUUGAUUAUAUUUUGAAAACAUUCGAUUCUACUUCCAAUUACACUGUCAGCCAUAUUUACAGUCAGGUGGGUGUGGCUAAAAGUAACUCAACAAUGCCAGAUGAUGGCUACUGUUGGCAAAGGCCGGAAGAUGUUACAUACAGGAGGAGUUAUGAAUCAGUGAUAGGUGGGCCUGAUCUUGCCGGAGAGAUGAUAGCUGCUCUGGCAUCAGCCUCUCUAGUCUUCAGAGAAGAUGAACUGUAUUCUCGGCAGCUAAUCAAAGGAGCAGAAAAGCUGGUUGAGUUCUGCAGCCUCCCAGAACGUCACUAUACUUACACAGGGCAGAAGAACAAGGCGUAUAACUCAUCAGACUUUCAUGAUGAAGAACUAUGGGCCGCAGCGUGGCUAUUCUAUGCCACAGGUAAUUAUGAAUAUCUUUCUAGAGCAACCAAUGAACGGCUGGCAGCAAAGACAAAGCUUUUUAGUAGAACACCGUCUCUAUGGAUUCUCAGCUACGACAACAAAUUACCUGGGGCAUUGCUCCUGUUGACCCGAUUGCGGAUCAUUUUGGGAGUUCCAUACCCUUUUGAGGAUAUGCUUCAAAUCUAUCAUAAAGUUUUAGAGAAAAUGAUGUGCUCCUAUAUGCACCAAUAUGGUGUUUUGAGUUUACAAAAGGAGGACUAAUAGUGCUUGGUCCACAGCCCUUGCAGUAUGCUGCAAACGCAGCAUACAUGUCUGCUGUGUUUGCGGGAUACCUGCAAUCGCAAGGCAUCCCUUCAUGGGCCUGCGGUCCUGCCUAUAUACCGCUUGAAACCCUAAAAAACUUUUCCACUUCCCAGGUAUUUACCUUCUGUUUAUUAAUUCUUUGAUUCUUCCAACUUGUUAUUAAAAUGUAUAAGGUUGAUUAUAAGUUCCUAUUUUAUUACCAAUGUCAGCAUCAUCAACAACUGUCUGAAUGUUCUAAAUCUUUUACACGGAUGAACAGCCCUUCUAUAUUUCAUGUUUUUUUACAGAGUUAA